AUGAAUCGAAAGGCGCUGGUACCCGCUCCUUCUUCAGUCACCAAUGUCGUACCUUCAGCAUUGCGCUCCAGCUCCCGUGCCGCUUCGCACAGAGGCUCGGGAGGCUACACCGAGAUGAGGGCCCAGAUUCGAAAGGAACGCGGCCACGAAAACUCGCAACGUUCACAGCAUCACGCACAAUCGGCUCCGGUUCGCGAACUUGACCCACCACAAUCUCGCAAGUACGCUCACACCAGCACCCACAAUCAAAUUACCCACCUCUCUUCCAGCAUCUCUGAUCAGAAGAUCAGCCACUUUUCUGCCUCAGAAGACGAUCCAUCCGACGAACAAGUCGCCGCAGACAAAAGGAACCACCUUCGUGUUCUCCCUCCAACCAACUUUGCCAUGAGCUCCGACAAUAUCUCCAACAUGUCGGCCACAUCAAGCCAGAUCUCGUCUUCCUCUUCCACAGGUUUUGUGAGGAAGCGAAGUCAGACCGUUUCAACACAGGAGCACCCACAGCAGCAGCAACAGCAGCAGCAACAGCAACAGCAACCACAACCACAACCACAACCACAACCACAACCACAACCACAACAGCAACCCACUUCGCAAGUCAUAGUUCACCCCUCGCACCAGCUUUACCAGUCAGACCACGUUCGACAGGAACCCGUCUCCACAGCUUCCAGAGCCGGGUCCUACUCUGACAUUGCGUCUCCUCCGAGGUCUCCCGAGCAGCGCAUUGGCGUCGAUGCUCUCCAGGCUGCUUUUUCAGCAAAGUACUACGAGCUCGCUACCAAAUGCAAAGGUUGGGAAGCAUACGCAGCCAAGCUUAGAGCACAGAUCGGUGUUCUCGAGGCGGAGCACCGGGUACUCAAAGAACACAACCUGCAGCUCGAGAGGGACAAUGCCAAGCUCCACGCUUAUCUCCGUCAAGAGGAGAAAACGCGCACUCAGCUUCAAGGCCGCAUGAGUUCGCUUGAAGACUGCUUGUCUCAGCGUAGCGGCUCUGGUGCCAACCUCGGCGCACAGUACCAUGCCGCCGAGAUGCUCGAGUUCGAUCACCUCUCUCUCCCUUCAGCGCCUUCCUCGACAGAGAAGUCUAGCCAGGACGCUGCCGUCUUCGACCACACGCCCUAUUGCUCCUCCAAUCUUCAGAUCGAGGAUCGCUCAGAACUCCGUCCGCAGCCCUUGCCCAGCCUGCCAAACGGUGUCGUUACUGUUCGCACAACCUCUCUUUCUCGCCAUACAGACGUCGAUCCGGCGCACAGUCAAGCCAUCGCCAAACAAACCAGAGAGCUCGAGGCCUUGUACAGCAAGGACAACAGCCCGCGUCCCUUUGAUGAUGCAGUGCACAGCCCUGAAUCCGUCCAGUAUGCCGCCUACGCAGCUGUCAAUGCUGAGGGUAGGAGCUCUCGUCUCGGCAAUCGCCCCGACAUUCCGGUAAGCCAGCUCGCACACAAAAGAUCGGGUACCGUAGGCGCUAUCGGAAUGUUUGCGCCUAGAUCUGGAUCUGUCCUGGGAAUCCAUCGAGCUCAUUUGCUCAACGCUCAGGCUCAGGGCCAGCACGAGUCCGUCGACGGCAUCGUACGUCCAGCUUCGGCGCAGCGCUUCAACGGAACAAGUCUGGAGAGCAACGCAGCUAGCACCGUAGCCAGCAUCGUUGCAAACACGGGCGUCACUAAAGCUGCUCUGCAAAGCAAACGUCGAAGCACCGUGUCCGGCGAACGUGGCCCCAGCCUCAGCCUUGCUCAGAUCGUCAAAGGAGCCCUCACAGCCUCAGGCGUCGUAGCUGCCGGCCCUUCCCAGUCACAGAGUCGCCAAACAAGUCCCAACGAUAGGGCUCUCACCAGCAGCGACUACCUGCAAGAGUGCGUCGAAAAGCGACGCGAGGCGAUGCGAUCGUCAUUCACUGCUCAGCAGAAAGGCAUGACCCCAGCCAGCGCUCAAGCAGGCGGCGUUUCGCGACCCGUGUCUCGAGCAGCCUCACGUCUGAGCACCCAAUCCGGAACUCGAAGUCGCAGCCGAGCCGGUAGUGUUCACGAUGCCAUCCCUGUCGCCAUCGAAGACGUGUUCUGCAACUCAAAGACGAUCCAGGCACAUUCGAGCGAGACUUCGCCCGAGCUCAUCACUCAACAACUUGCCGCCGCUGGCCUCAACUCGCACGCGGAUAUCACCGCUGCGUCUCAGCGACUGAUGGCUGCAACCGAUACCCAUUCCCAAUCAGUCAUGCUCAUGUCACGAAAAGAGCUCAUCGCCACCUCGUCGAGCCCAGGCUCGUUGGCGGGCGAUGCACCCGCCAAAGAACAAGAGGAUCAGGAUCAAAUGUCUUUCGAGAGGAGGCUUUACAUCCGAAUUCAAGAGGAGCUUGACGUCGAGGAUUUUGCCAAGUUUGAACGUUACAUCCAACGCUACGACUUUCUCGACAUUCCACUCGAAGGAAGUAAGGGCCUGAUCACCCGCGUCAAGCGACUUUUGCUCGUUUCCGAUCCUGAACUCCGCACCAAGCCCGACAAGCUUCGGGUGCGACAGAGUCUGGCUCGCGACUUUGAAAAAAUGGCUCUGAAUUUUAGUCAGGCCAAAAGCAGUCAGCCUUCGUCUGCGUCGCGAGAGUUUCAGUAA